AUGUUUCUAUCACGGCGUCCUCAGGUGGUCUCAGGAACUCUCUACAGGUACACCAUCGAGCUCACGAACGGAGAAAAUAAAGAACAGUGUGACGUGAGAGUGUGGAGCCAGCCUUGGUUGCCAGAGGGACAGAGAACCGUGCUGGGUGGCGCACCCAAGUGCACGCAAGUGAAAGCUCCGUCUGCCCGGUCAAUGCUCGGAGCACCGGAAGUUGUGUCAAUAACUGAAGAAGAUGUCCAGUCUGCCCUGGGCGCCCUGGAGCAGCGGCAAACUGCCCAGUCCAACGGUCUGGUCUACCUCAAGGCUGUCUCAGCAAAGAAGAUCACGAAACAGGUGGUGAACGGCCUCGUGUUCUCCUUGACCGACGUAACUUUCUACGGCUCCUCUUGCUCCAGAACCCCUACCGACAGGACGACAUGCUCUGUGGCCGCUGAUGCUUCCUUGGUGCAGACCUGCUCUGCCAACAUUUGGUUCAGUACCCAAAAUACGCCAAACUAUAAAAUCUCCGAUGUGGUCUGCAAGUAAACCAAGUCCUCAUUUUGAAGGAUCGGCUCUUUACAGAUGUAGAUCUAGAUCUACAGCUGUCUUUGCCAUGUAUCUGUUUUGACCAUGUACACUUUUUUGUGAAUAAAAUUGUAUUUGCGCAAAUGAAAA